AAUAAAAAAAAGACCGACUCAAUGAAUAAAACAUAAACAAGUAAUACUUCAAUAUGUUUUCAAGCUCCCUCAUGUACCUUUUUGCCAACAUUUAUGUCUUCAAGUCAAACCCAAGGCCUUGUCUCAACAGCUCUCAUCUCCAUGCAUGUCUAUUCAACUAAGGAAGCACAUGUGCGUGUUCCUCAUUCAUCCCAUGUUUUCAAUGGGCUUCUUUAUUUUUUUAUUCAAAUCAAUCUUUCACUGAAAUUUCUAGCCCCCCCUCUCCUCUCCUUUUCUUCCACUUUUGUCAUUUUCCCCAUGUCUCUCUGAAUAUAAAAUACUGUAUCAGAUUGACUAGUGUGAGUCGUUCUCUUCAAGAUUUGAGUAGAAUCGUUAGUCAAACCGAUAUAUCCCUUCUCCAUUUGUGCUCCACACUUCUGAAAGCUCUCGUUCAAAUCAUCUGCAAUUAUGGCACCAAACCAGAAUCACUUCUACAGCAUUGGAUCUCAGGCUCUAAAACCCAUUAAAACCCAGGCAAACUCAAUUUAUCAACCUGCCCUGCCUACUUCAGAAUCUGCUUUUCCUAUAUUAGCCAUUGCUGUUCUAUGCAUCAUGACCACAGCUUUGUUGCUAGUUAGCUACUACAUCGUUGUGACCAAGUGCUGCUCAAACUGGCACCAAGCUAAUCUGCUGAGAUGGUUUUCUACAUUGAGAGCAAGAGAAAGUGAAGAUCCCUUUAUAGCUCUCUCUCCAUCAAUGUGGAAUCGUGGGCUUGAUGAGUCUGUCAUUCGUGAAAUCCCAAUGUUUCCAUUCAGAAGGGAAGGGGAGGCAAGAGGUGUCUGUUGUGUGGUUUGUCUGAAUGAGUUUCAAGAAGAGGAUAUGCUAAGGGUUCUUCCCAAAUGCAGCCAUACAUUCCACUUGGAUUGCAUCGAUAUAUGGCUUCAAAGCAAUGCAAAUUGCCCUCUAUGCAGAUCAAGCAUUUCAGGCACAAACAGGUAUCGGAUUGAUCAUAUUAUUGCACCAAGCUCUUCACCACAAAACUCUCAACUCUUGUCCAAUAGCAUCAUGAGUAGUGAUGAAGACUUUGUGGUAAUUGAAUUGGGGGGAGAAGAUGAAGUUGCAUUCCCACAAAGGCAACAAGAAAGAAAUGAUUCACUAGAAGUUCCAGUGCAGCCCAGGAAUAAUUCACCAAGGAAGUUGGAAAAGAAGCCUGGAAACUUAAAACCAAGAAAGUUCCACCAUGUUUCGAUCAUGGGAGAUGAAUGCAUUGAUACAAGAAAGAAAGAUGAUCAAUUUUCUAUUCAACCCAUCAGAAGAUCUUUCUCAAUGGAUUCUGCAGCUGAUCAACAGCUGUACUUAACUGUUCAAGAAAUCACUCUACAAAAUAGGGAUCACAGUCUCGAAGUUAGUACAAGCGAAGCUUGCGACAGCAGAGGUCGAAGAUCAUUCUUCCCAUUUAGACAUGGCCGAGGAUCCAGAAAAGCAAUUCUUCCCAUUGAAUCCGAGCUUUAAUGUGAGAUUAGUUUUUUUUAUUUGUAUCAAUUUCGGGUUUCAUUUUUUGUUUUGGAGUGGAAUUACUUGAAGUUUGAACGGUCAAUUGGAUGUUCACAGAAGUAUAAUAGACAAGUGCAAGAGAAACUCAAGAUGAAUAUCAUAUAAUACAAAAACGACACAAAUUAGACAAAGUCUGGACUGCUGAAGGGUAGUAAGCAUGGGCUAGAGAAUGAUUGCUUUCUUUAUCCUUUCUCGAAUGAAAAUGACUGUUGUAAUUCUCCCAUUAAUGGAAGCCAGGGUAGAGGGGACCCACUGGAAUGAAUAACCAUAAGUGAAAGCGUGAGAAAGGUCUCCUUGGAAAUGAUCUCCAAUACCUUAUCCUGGAAGCAAAUAUCUGUGUUGAUGAACGGCACAGCUUUUUUCUUUUGUUUUCUUUUCUUUUAGCCUUUUGUUGCAAGUCUCCGAUAAUUUUGGCUAGACAUCUUCACUGUUUUCAAUCAGAUGCCUUCUUCCUGGGACAAGAAAGACAAUGAAAAGAGAGUCAAAUCUCAAUCUAAUACAGGCAGAAGAAUCAGAUUUCCUCACAAAUCCUCACAUGCAUGUUGGUUUGGUUGGUCUUGAUCUCUAGUUUCUAUAUGGAGACGUUGGCCAUUGAGAUUUUUCAUCUCAAACACAAAAUUCUCAUCUCAUUAUUAUAAUUUUCUCAAAUUUUCAUACAAAAUAUAAUAAACAAUUCAA